GAUCAGGUUUUCUUUCAUUUCAUGCACAUCGUCUUCCAUCGUCAAAUCCUCUCUCUCUGUGGACUGCGUCUGCAAAAAUCCUAACAAAAUCAAGAAAAAUCAAGAAAAGUGAAGCCAUUGCUAUGGCCGUUGCAGAGCUCGAAAGAUGCCGAACCCACGAACUUUUUCGGGUGGCAUUCCACGACGACUGCAUCGAAACCCUUGUCACCCACGUGCCCCACAUGGUGGAUUCUUGGAUCGGCGACAUCGAGCACAUCCACCGCCACCGGCUUCACAAACUCAUCGUGGGUCUCGACAUCGAGUGGCGUCCCAACAACGCCCGCUACACCAACCCGGUGGCCAUCCUGCAGCUCUGCGUGGGUCGCCGUUGCCUCAUCUUUCAGCUUUUAUACGCUCCGGAGAUACCCACAUCUCUGAUUGAUUUUCUGGGUGAUACUGAUUACACAUUUGUGGGGGUUGGAAUUCAGGCGGAUUCCCAGAAGUUGCUGAAUGAUCACAACCUGAGGGUGGGGAAUGUCGUGGAUCUUGCGGUGUUGGCGGCGAGGGUUUUGAAUACGAGGGAGCUUCGGAAUGCGGGUAUAAAGCGUCUGGCCCGUGAGGUUCUGGGAAGGGAGGUGGAGAAGCCGAAGCAUGUGGCUAGGAGUCGGUGGGACACUGACUGGCUUUCUGACGCUCAGGUACACUAUGCUUGUGUCGAUGCUUUUGUCUCCUUUGAGGUUGGAAGGUGUCUCAAUGCCUCUGCGGACUAAGUACUAACUACAACUCUAUCUAAUAUGGAUGCCUAUUAUUGAUACUGGUAUUUGGAAGCUUUUUGUGAAUUACUGCUUCUGGGUUAGGCUAUGUUUUCUUGAUGAUUUGGGGCUUUAGAUGUUUGGAUUUGGAAAACCAUUGUGAAUAUUAUGAUCCUAAUCAGACUCCUUGAAUCAUUUCAAUCGUUUUCUUUUCCUUGUC